UGUGGCGUGUUUUCGGAGGUGCUUCGCCGUGUGUCCCACUGGGAGGACGCAGACUGCGAUCGAGGAGAUGUUACAUGUUCCUCGGGAUCGACAGUGUACAGCGCACUGGGGCACAGGUCAACGGGGCAUACCGUCUGCAUAGUGUUGUCCCUGCUGCAGAUACUGAGAUAGAUAGCCAGGCGAUGUGAAACCCUCGUGGCUAGGGCAGGCUCAGCGCUGCCUUCCGCCACGGUCCGGCCUCCGCUGGCCAAUGGCCACGCCACGAAUCGUCGAGAUCAGGCCUGCCAGUGCCCCAGCUUCUGCUGCUGCAGCGCUGACUUGAGGCUCUAUAAAACAAGAAGUUGGCAAGCAGUGUACCCCAGAGACCAGGCAGGCUAGAACACAGCUGUUGCGAAACAGACUGCACCGAACCAGCUAAAGCCUCUCACCAGCUUCUCCCAAAAUUUCUCAGUUCCCUGAACAUCGCGGAGCAGCUGUUCUGUAUCACACCGUCCGACUUCGAAGAACAGAAGAUUAAUCGCAAAGAUGACCGACUACUUGUAUUUAAGGAACCAAGCCAUGGAGAAGGAGAGGCAACGGCAGCAGCGUCAGCAGUAUGAAUCUGCGUACUCGUGUGCAACCAGCCCAACGGAUCUAGCCUCACCGGUUGAUUACUCGUCUUAUCCGUACGGAUCGGCAGGCGAACACAGCGCCGUGUCCAGCAGCAGUCCGUACUGCUGUUCCUUUUCAUCCUACUCGCCGGUACCCUCGCCAGCACCCUCUCAACAGUCCGUCAUGACCUUCAGCCCGGGCAGUCGCAGCAGCCACUACAACCUCCCCAAGCCUCUCUGGUUCUUAUCGCCAUCCAAUCGAACGCAGCGGAGAUUUAUCCAGCCCGAGGUGUACGCACGGCGCCGGGCCACGGCCAAUCUUCGUGAGCGCGGCCGGAUGUCGGAGAUGAACCGGGCGUUCGAUCGACUUCGCGGCCGAAUCCCAAUCUAUCCGCCGUCGCACAAGCUCUCCAAGAUCGACACGUUACGCCUGGCGAGACAGUACAUCUACGAUCUCAGAAAGUUGUUGUCUGACGAUCUGCCAAUGGGCUGCGAUUGCUCUCUCAAUAUUCGCAUAACCAAGGAUGAGAGCAGUGACGAAGACUCCACAUCACCGAGGUCAUCCAGCAGUGGUGACGGCCUGGAUUCCAAUCUCUCUUCGUCCAACGCCAGCGACGAGGCCUUCCAGACCAUCGACCAGGUAAUGCGGACUCUGGUUCCGGUAAUAGCCGCCGAACUCCACUACCAGCAUCCCAGCCAAGAACCGCAACGUACUGUGGAGCAAGCAGCGUGAGAAGCACACACUGUCGCGUUUGCCAUUCCAAGUCAUCCCGAAUGUUUCUUGUUGACCCUGAACGUAACGUGGAUGUGUGAUAAAUCCCAUUUUUAGCUGCUUUCUCAGAGCUGGUCAGAAUGAAUCUAUGAAAAGCAUGAACUAACGUAACCAAAUGGCUAUAUUUAAGUAAAUUGGUAAGAUAGUCGUAAGCUAUACUAACAGUAAUCAGUAUCAUUUGCAUUUUCUGCACAUUUGUAUUUGCAUGAACGACGUCCCCAGCAUGCUAAGCUGAACUUUGCUAUUCGGGCUAAACAUGCGUUUUUUUUCGCUGGCAUUCGCAUUCACACACGCUCUGUAUCACUGGUAAGCCGGUUAGCGGCGUAAAUCUAAGAUAUCCUAUUGGUUUCAGCAUGAGUAACUACGUAAACUACCUGUAAGGAUAAUAAUGGUAAUAUCUAAUGAGAGAGUGAAGCUCAUAUCUGGUUGCUUUCUUGGCCGUGCAUACUCUCAUAGUACCGUUAAGUUUCUAAUGUUCCAGUUCUCCAUCGAUCUGCAUUUGCAUCAGCAUACUUUUCUACGAGCUGAUAUCUGUUGUCCUCGAGGUAAACUUCGCGCCCACUAUUCCGUGAUUGCAAUUAUGACGUAAUUAUUAUUCUCAUUAUCUCCACAUGCUGCCACACAGCUGGCGCACCAAUACGUAUUGGCUGGAACCAUUACAAAAGAAUCUAUUCAAUCAAGAAUUUAA